AUGGAGGCAGGAGAGCGCCAUCUCCCCAUCACUAACUCUUCCAUCCCCACACGAACACUAACCACAUGCGCAAAUAUAGUUGCCAUUCGCAAAGCCCUUUCUUGGCUCUCCACCCUGACCAGAUUCCAUGCCGGAUACUUCCGCAUUAGCCUCUCUCUCUGCGGCCAGGCCCUGCUAUGGAAGAUUCUCAGAGAGCCCAGCACCGACGCCCACGCCCUCCGCCCUAUCAUCCACAUUUUGCCCUCGGCCGCCUUCUUCGUCCUCUGGUCCCUUGCUCUUUUCUCUCUCGUCGCACUCUGCCUGCUAUACAUCAUGCGCUGCCUCUUUCGGAUGGAAAACUUCAAGGCUGAGCUCUCCCACCAUGUCGGCAUGAACUACCUCUUUGCACCGUGGAUCUCAUGGCUCCUCCUCCUGGACUCCACUCCCUUCCUCCACCCCAAGACCACCAGCUACCUUGUCCUCUGGUGGGUGUUCUCGGUCCCCAUCGUCGUGCUCGAUGUCAAGAUCUAUGGGCAGUGGUUCACCAACGGGAAGAAGCUGUUGUCGAUGGCGGCCAAUCCCACGAGCCAGAUGUCCGUGAUCGGGAACCUGGUAGGGGCGAGGGUGGCGGCCAGGAUGGGGUGGCGGGAGAGCGCCAUGUGCAUGUUUUCACUUGGGUUGGUGCACUACCUCGUGCUCUUCGUCACGCUCUACCAGAGGUUCGUGGGGAAUGACAGCCUCCCGGCGUUGCUCCGCCCGGUAUUCUUCCUCUUCUUCGCGGCACCAAGCAUGGCUAGCUUGGCCUGGGAUUCCAUCUCUGGCACCUUCGACAUUACCUCCAAGAUGCUCUUCUUCCUCUCCCUCUUCCUCUUCGCUUCGUUGGUGUCGAGGCCAGCGCUGUUCAGGAGAUCGAUGAGGCGGUUCAACGUUGCAUGGUGGGCGUACUCCUUCCCGCUGACCGUCCUGGCCCUGGCGGCCACCGAAUAUGCCCAAGAGGUGAAGGGGAUCAUCUCCAAUGCUCUCAUGCUCGUCCUCUCCCUUCUCUCUGCGCUUGUCACCCUGGUCCUCGUCGCCUUCACAUUUCUCAAAACCGGCGAUCUCCUGCCCCAUGACGAGCCCUUCGCUCCGUCACCCUCUGGCUCUGUACGUACCAACUAA